CCCUAUCUCUUCUUAUUCUUAUUAUUCAAUGGCCUCAUCAUCAGUUUCAGCCACUUCUCUUAGGUUCGCACAAUCUCUCACUUUGUGUAGCAAGACUACCCUCCAGGCUAGUUCAAGAUUUGGGGCAGUCUCUGUGGGAUGGAGCAGGAGGAGCUUUCCUUCUUUAAGAUCCUCUCGCUUCCGCAUCUGUGCGGCACAGCCUGAGACAGUUGACAAAGUGUGCGAAAUAGUGAGGAAACAGCUUGCUCUGCCUCCGGAGUCUCAACUUACCCCUGAAACCACCUUCACAGCACUUGGUGCUGACUCCCUUGACACUGUGGAAAUAGUGAUGGGUUUGGAGGAAGAAUUUGGAAUUAGCGUUGAGGAGCAGAGCUCUGAAAACAUCACUUGUAUCAAAGAAGCUGCUGAUUUGAUAGAGAAACUUCUUCAAAACAAAACUCCACCUAGCUAGUUGUGUGCCUACAAGCUCAAUUAUAUCCAUUGCCAAAAAAACCCCCAAAAAAAGCAUUUCUUGAGAGCACAAGUGUAACUGAACGAGGUUAAUUGAAUUUUGGAUUAGACAUGUUCUUUAGGUGGAUAAUUAGUAUUUUUAUUUUUCCAUUGUGAGCUUUAUUUGACGUUUGAACUUACUAUCUGUUGUAAGACUCUCCGAAUAUGUCUGUUUUUGCCGUCAAGCUUCAGAAAUUAUUGCAUGUUGAUUUGAUUCCAGAAA